CGACAACAGCAUAAACUGGAGUCACCAUUACCCCAUCCGCUGACUGUUUUGCGCCGCGACAAAAGCAAUCAACCAACCAAGAUGACACUGGUGAACAUCGAGGGCUGGGUGGAGGAGAACAAGGCAUCCUUCGCUCCACCCGUCUGCAACAAGCUCAUGCAUGGCGAUGGCUUGUUGAAGAUCAUGUUCGUAGGUGGACCAAACAUCCGCCGGGACUUCCACAUUGAGGAAGGCGAGGAGCUCUUCUUCCAGCUCAAGGGAGACAUGGUUCUGAAGAUCAUGGAGCAAGGCAAACCAAAGGACGUCAAGAUCAAGGAGGGAGAGAUUUUUGUGCUGCCCGGGCGCAUUCCCCACUCCCCACAGCGGUUUGAGGACACGGUUGGGCUGGUGAUUGAGCGCGAGCGCAGCGAGAAGGAGCUUGAUGGACUCCGCUACUACCGCAAACAGGACGACAGCACGCCGCUCUGGGAACGCUGGUUCCACUGCUACGACCUCGGCACACAGCUCAAGCCCGUCAUUGACGAGUUCUUUGCCAGCGAAGAGCACAAGACAGACACUCCAACCAAAGAGAACGUGACUGACCCAACUCCCAUCAACAUCGACACAACGACAACCGUGGACGCACCCUUCUCACUUCAGCAGUGGUUUGAGGAGCACGCCGAUGACGUGGCAGACAAACCCACGCUCAUGUUCUCAAAGGGAGAAUUUCAGGUGCACGCGUGUGGAAACGGAUGCAAGGCCUCGUUUGAGCCAACACAGCAGCAAACAUGGAUCUGGCAACACUCUGGGACAUCCACGGUGCGGGUGAAUGACAUUGAUCACAGCAUGAAUCAAGGCGACUCCCUGCUCAUUGAUCCAAACUCCAGCGUGACGUGGACGCAGGGACCGGAUGGCCGCGGUCUUCGUGUGAACAUGAAACUUCCAUGAACCAUGACAUGUGUCGUUCGCACGUGGUGCUGGUUCGGUUGUAUGGGGUAGUGUUGUUUUGUUGUUUGAACAACGUCUUGUAUUUCCAUUACACGAACACGUAAAUUGUUAGCACAAACCUCACAUUGCCCUCAGGCAUAUGCACACGACUCUUAUGGAC